AUGGCGAACUACAACCCUUUUGCUCGGCGUGAGACUCAUAAUGUUCACGCGCUGAAUUCUUAUCGUGUCCUUGUACCUCUCACGUGGCUAUUGGUUGUUGUUGCUGGGAUCUAUUAUUCUAUUCAUUCGCCUGAUGAUACUAAGCAUAGCAAGAAGAUCUGGAAGCAAGUUAAAAGGCACCCUACGCCUUUUACGCAAAAUAAAACUGUGACUGAGAUUUACUGGGUCCUCUUGCUACUCUCCCAAAUCAGCUAUGUGUGGCAGCUGUUCCAUAAAGAUGCUGCUAUCGUCGCAUCUGCCGCCAAUGUAGCAACCCACUUCAUCUUGAACAACCUGUUCACCUUUUCAUGGAUCCUCCUCUGGACCCGCAAUUACUUCUGGGGUUCAUUGAUUAUCUUGAUCGCCCAUUUCAUCAACCAAAGCUUUACUUACUGGCGUCACCGCGGCCUUCCGGCUUUCGUGCAUCUCCCCGCCGUCGCGGGUCCUUAUGCCUGGACUCUAUUUGCCUUGUUCUGGAACGGCGCUGUCGCUGUGCACAGCCAUAAUCUCCCUGGUCGACUUGUUGCCAAUAUCUUUAUUUGGGUGAUUUUGGCCAUUGGCUUGUUCGACAUUGUGAUUUUUGAAGAUUACAUCCUUGGAUACUGCUUGAGUUUCUUGAGUCUAUCUCUUGCGGUGCAGCAAAUCUCCAUCAAGAUUAUCGCCUUCCAGUGGAUCUUUGCCUUUGUCGUGUUUGCUGUCUUCCUUGUGACCUCGCUCUAUAUCUCGACUACCAAGUACUCAGGACGCGACUCACUCUUCCGUCGUGUGGCUCACCCAGAGUCGGGCGACCGCGAGAGACAACCUCUGCUCCAUGAGAGCGCGUAA